AUGCUGGGCUUGAUCUCGCUGACCAGCAGCGGUGCGCUGCUUGCGGACCCCGUGGCUUUGCCCUCCUGCCGUGGGGCAACGCGCUCGCCCCCGUCGCUCGUGCUGCUCGCUGCGCCCGCGCCCAACCGGCGCGAUGCGCUCGCUGGCGCGGCCCUCGCGGGCGCUUCGCUCGCGGCGACGCCAACUAGUGCGCAGGCCGCAGCCAAGGCGCCCACGUGGGCGCCGGUUCAGCUUCCGCUCGCAACCGAGGCGCCCAUUCUCUUCGACAUCGAGUUCGACGAGGCCAACCCGAAGAACGGCUUCAUCGUGGGCAACAAGGGCACCUUCCUGCAGACCACGGAUGGCGGCAGCUCCUGGCAGGCCAAGUCGUUCGCCAACCUGGACCCGGACGAGGAGAUCAACUACCGCUUCACAAAGAUGAGCUUCCGUGACGGCGAGGGCUGGAUCAUCGGCAAGCCCGCCAUCCUGCUGCACACCCGCGACUCGGGCGCCUCGUGGGAGCGCGUGCCGCUCUCGCCAAAGCUGCCCGGCGACCCGUACAACGUGGUGGCGCUCGGGCCGGGCAAGGCGGAGAUGUCCACCUCGGCAGGCGCCAUCUACACCACCGACAACUCUGGCCGCAACUGGAAGGCCCAGGUGCGCGAGACGAUUGACGCGACGCUCAACCGGGUCUCUUCGUCGGGCGUGCAGGGCGCCUCGUACUUCUCGGGGAGCAUCAACGACAUCCAACGCGACGCGGACGGCUCGUACCUGGCGGUCUCGUCGCGCGGCAACUUCUACCUCACCUACCGGCCCGGCGACGAGUUUUGGAUCCCUCACAACCGCGGGUUCGUCAAGUCGCGCCUCGCCGACGGGCUCUGGAUGUCGACGGCGGGCGGAGAGAUCUCAAAGACGACGUCGGGCCAGCCGGUGGACACGCAGCUGAUCGACAUCCCCUUCGACCGCUGCCAGAUCAAGUCGGGCGGCUACGGCAUCCUCGACGUCCUCUUCCUCAAGGACUCCAACAAGGCGUGGGCGGUCGGAGGAGGCGGGACCAUCUUUGGCUCCACCGACGGAGGCAGGUCCUGGCAGAAGGACAAGUCGGCGGACGACUUGCCAACCAACCUGUACAAGAUCAAGUCCUUCUCCAACGGGCGCGUCUACAUCCUCGGCUCAAACGGCGCGCUCUCCCCUCGCCGCGCGCUCGGGCCGCAGACCUGCACGCGGCUGAGCACUGCCCGCCGCCGCAGGCGUCCUCCUCUCGAACACGGCCUAGGCACGCCAGCCCCCUCCUCCUCUCUUGGCGGCUCCGGCAGCGCCCUCACCGCUUGGGCCUGCUCAGCAUCGUAA